AAGUAAAUGGAAUACAUCCGUUGGUCGUUAUUGUUCACAAAAGAGCACUCACUCAGACUCAGGGACGACGCAAGAUUUUAUUUUUGACUCGAGAGACCAGCAUUGUUACUCUUACUGAGACGAGAGGAAUAGUUUACAGUGUGAUCACCUGUUUGUAAAGGCGGACAACAUCCAUAACCAUGCUGAUCAAAGUAAAGACUCUCACUGGAAAAGAGAUCGAAAUCGACAUUGAGCCAACAGACAAGGUUGAGCGCAUCAAGGAGCGUGUUGAAGAAAAAGAAGGCAUCCCUCCCCAACAGCAAAGGCUUAUUUUCAGCGGAAAACAAAUGAACGAUGAAAAGACUGCCAGUGAUUACAAAGUUGCUGGAGGAUCUGUUCUUCACUUGGUCUUAGCAUUGAGAGGUGGAUGGCAUUUACAAGACUGAAUGGGGUUUUUUUUUCUCCUUUUUUUUUGGAAGGGAGGUGGGAGGGUGUAAAGGGGGGGGGGGGGUCAGAUUGUCAGUUGUUCAUACAGCUGUGCAGUUUGGUUGAAUAAGCUUGACUGAGCUAUCAGACUUUCUCUUGCUGGAGUGGAAUUUCUUUGUUUUGCGGCGGUUGGUGUCCUUUGAGGGGCAUUUUUUUUGUCAAUUUGAUUUUUAAUAUUGUGUAAUGACAUAGAUUUUCAGAAUGGUCUAAAAGAAGUUAUACAUAUAAAUCUUAAUUAGAUGGUAAGGUUGCUCUAAAGUUUGUUAAGUAUUGCAAAUGAAAGGCUUAAAGAAAUUCAUUAUUUCUUGUCCACAUUUCAAUGAGCUAGUGGGAAAAAGGGUUACAAUGAUUCUGUGCUGUGAGGUGAAUUUUUUUGAGUGAUUUGUCAGAGUAUCACGAAAUCCUUUUUAAAACCUGUGACUCCCCCUUUUAUACAGCAUCACUGUCCCAGUUGUCCCUUGGAAAUAAAUCUGUCACAGGCUUAUGAUGGGUAGAAAAUUAUGCAGGACUUCUUUAAUAGAUAUCUCUAACGUUUUGCAUGUGUACAAACAGGGAUUUGAGUCAUUGUCUUUUGAGUUGAAUGACCAGUGUUUUGCACAGAGGGUUGUAGCUUUAUGUCAUUUGAGUCGUUAACUCUCUUGUAAUGAUGAUUUCUCGUUAAAUGGUUCAAAGUGUGUCUCUGUAAUGUGCCACAUCAAUGGGCUUGUCUUAGCCUACAUGACUCUUGAUUAAACUUUUUUUUGAUUAA